AUGCGACUGACACUUCCAAACCCAGGACUAGAUCAAAGGAUCCCCUCCUAUGAAGAUCUGGAGAGAAGGGAACAAGAAGAGGCUGGGGACAGGCCCAAGUGGGACAACAAAGCCCAGUACAUCCUCACCUGUGUGGGAUUCUGCAUUGGGAUCGGCAAUGUGUGGAGAUUCCCGUACCUGUGUCAGAGUCAUGGAGGAGGUGCAUUCAUCAUUCUCUAUUUGAUCCUGCUGGUGUUGGAAGGAAUGCCUCUCCUGCUGCUUGAGUUCGGAAUAGGCCAGCGUCUCAGGAAGGGAAGUGUGGGAGUUUGGAGGUCCAUCAACCCUUAUCUGACUGGUAUAGGUAUAGGCUCUAUGCUAGUGUCCUUAUUGAUUGGGCUGUACUACAACACAUUAAUAGCCUGGAUCAUGUGGUAUCUCUUCAACUCCUUCCAAAGCCCGCUGCCUUGGGCCCAGUGUCCUCUUAAUGAAAAUAGGACAGGAUUUGUACCAGAGUGUCAACGUAGCUCAACAAUGGAGUACUACUAUUACAGAGUGACUCUGAAUACCUCACCCUCUAUAGAUGACUCUGGCGGGAUACAUUGGCCCAUAGUGGUCUGCCUGGUAGCUGCCUGGUCAGUCAUCUGUAUCUGCUAUAUAAGGGGGAUCAGUACCUCAGGCAAGGCGGUGUACGUCACAGCUAUCCUACCGUACAUAGUGCUGUUCAUCUUCCUGAUCCGAGGACUGACUCUUAAAGGCGCAUUAAGUGGAAUAGAAUACCUGUUUACACCAGAUAUCACUGAGUUGACAAAACCAACAACGUGGCUGGAUGCAGGUGCCCAAGUGUUUUACGCCUUUAGUUUAGCAUGGGGAGGCCUCAUCUCCUUCUCAAGCUACAACCCUGUUCACAACAACUGUAUGCAAGAUGCUGUGAUCCUGACAGUCAUAACUGGCUUCACUUCAAUCUAUUCUGCAGCAGUCACCUACACCAUCAUUGGCUUCAAGGCCACAGAGAACUAUGAUAAUUGUAUUAGUGAAAACAUCAAGAAAUUGUCAGAUGCAUUUGAUCUCCCUGAAGACAGCAUUACUCCGAGCAACUAUGAGGCAGCCAUCACUCACUUCAACAGCUCCUCUCGGGAUAUUGUUCUUGGAUUGAACAUUGAAACCUGUGACAUGCAGAUAUUUCUCAGUGAGGGAGUGGAGGGAACAGGUCUGGCCUUUAUUGUGUUCACAGAAGCCAUCACUAAGAUGCCCGGUUCCCCAGCCUGGUCCGUCCUCUUCUUCCUCAUGCUUUUCUGUUUGGGAGUCUCUACCCUGUUUGGCAACAUAGAAGGAGUGGUGGUCCCACUGAAAGACCUGAAAAUCUUGCCCCAAAAAUGGCCCCAAGAGGCAGUAACUGGAGUAACUUGUGUUGUCGCAUUCAUCAUCUCCCUCCUGUUUGCACAACACUCUGGGUUUUACUGGGUAACCCUCUUUGACAACUUUGCAGGAUCUGUUCCACUUCUGACAAUUGGAUUUUUUGAGAUGAUAGCUGUUGUGUACAUCUACGGCAUAGACCGGUUCAAUGAAGACAUAGAGUUCAUGAUAGGAUACAAGCCCUCCAUCUUCUGGCAGAUUUCAUGGCGGGUCAUCAGUCCUCUGGUUGUUCUGGUUAUAUUAGUUUUCUACCUGGUUACACAAGGCCAAGAGGAGCUCACCUACUUAGUAUGGGAUCCUAACUCUGACAAGUUCCCAUCUCUGGCGUCAGUACCAUACCCUUCAUGGAUAAAUUUCGUCAUCUUUAUUUUGGCAGGAAUCCCCAGUCUGGCUGUGCCUGUAUAUGCAGUUUGUAGACUGGUCUUUGUAAAAUACAGAGAAGGUAGAGUUCAUGGAAAAAGUUAGCCAUAUUUCCUUAAUAUUUCAAAGCCACUGUAAAGCCAUAUUCACCAUCGACCUCUUACUUUGUGAUUAAGUGCCAAUGUCCAUAAUAGUGAGUAUCUAAAAAGUAUUACAGA